GCCCAGGUGAUCACGGACGAGCGCGACCACACGAAGAAGAUCAUCUUCCACGCGAACAUGCUCCCGGCGAGCGCCCGCGCCAUCGCGCUCCUCGACCCGGAGCUCACGCUGGGCCUGCCCAAGCACGUCACGGCCUGGGUCGGCAUCGACGCGUUGAGCCACUCCAUGGAGGCCUUCUCGUCGCCCUUCUACCACCCCAUGGCCCACGGCAUGGCCCUCGAGGGCAUGCGCAUCGUCAAGGACUACCUGCCGCGGCUCAUGGAGGACGGCGCCGACCUCGAGGCGCGGUCCCAGCUCAUGGUCGCGUCGACGCUCGGCGCGACGGCCUUCCAGAAGGGCCUCGGCGCCAUGCACUCGCUCACGCACGCCGCGGGCGGCCUGCUCAACACGCAGCACGGCCAGACGAUCUCCGUCGUCAUGCCCUACGUGCUCCAGCACAACCGGCCGGCCAUCGCCGACUCCUUCGAGGCCCUGGGCCGCUACCUCGACCUCGAGGACGCGUCGGUGACGGGCGUCACGGACUGGGUCCUCGAACUCCGCGAGACCUGCGGCAUCCCGAACACGCUCGCGGAGAUCGGCGUCGACGAGGCGCACGUCGCGACGCUCGCGCCCAUGGCCGUCGAGGACCCGUCCUCGGGCUCGAACCCGACGCCCGUCACCGAGCAGGCCGCCACGGACCUCUACCUCAGCGCCAUCCGCGGGAAGCUCUAG